CGAAGGGAGAGGCGUGGAGCCGGGAAGCGGCGGCGUUGCAUCAGCUGAAGCGCGGCCGGGGCUGCCAGGGCAGGAGGAAGCGGCGGCGGCAUGAGGCUGUUCAUCAGCGAAGGGAGCCCCGGAGGGCUGAAGGUGCUGGCGGCCGCCAAGGCCACCGGCGCCCCGGUGGAGCUGCAGUGGGUUCCGCAGGACGCUUCCGUAGUUCCAUUCCUCACCCACCCACGGGUGCCAGCCCUGCAGUUGAAAGAAGGGUCCUUCCUCUUCUCCCCAAAUGCAAUUUGCCAGUACUUCUUUUCAUCCAGAAAAGAGAUGAGCAAUUUUACCCAGGUGCAGAGCAAUUUUGCCAAUCAGUUGUUUGAGUGGGAAGCGACUGAACUACAGCCUGCUGUGUCUGCUGCCUUGCAUCAUCGUGUGGCGCAAGGAAAGAAAGGAGAGGAAGUUUUGGGGAUCAUCCGGCAACCCCUGAACUACAUUGACCAGACCCUUACCAAAAAGAACACUCCUUACCUUAAUGGGGAUGCUGAGUCAGCCGUUGAUGUUGUCUUCUGGGGCGCCCUCUUUCCUCUGCUACAGGACAGGACUUUAUUGCCAGAUGACCUGAAAGUUCUGAGGAGCUGGUUCCAGAACAUGAGCCUGAAGGAGCACUGCAAAAAGACUGUCGAGACUGUGUGGACAGACACAGGCGUACGGGACCUGAAGGCCUACCUACAGAAGCAGCCGGCUCCUGCCCUGGCCUUUGAGAAGCCUGCUACCAAUGAGCCCAAGGAAGAGGAAUCUGUUCAGCGCCUGUCUGAGGAGGAGAUUGCAGCAGUUGCCGAAGUCUGGAGUAGAGGAGCAGCCGCCCUUCCCAAGCCUUGGAAGCCACAGCAGCCCGUGUUGCCCACGGAAGGCAUGAGGAAUGUGCUGAUCACGAGCGCUCUGCCCUACGUCAACAACGUGCCUCACCUCGGGAACAUCAUCGGUUGCGUCCUCAGUGCCGAUACCUUCGCUAGGUACAGCCGCCUGCGCAACUGGAACACACUGUACUUGUGUGGAACCGAUGAAUACGGCACGGCCACAGAGACGAAGGCCAUGGAGGAGGGGCUGACGCCCCAGCAGAUCUGUGACAAGUAUCAUGUCGUCCACGCCCAGAUCUACCAGUGGUUCAACAUCUCCUUUGACUAUUUCGGCCGCACUACAACACCCCAUCAGACCACGAUAGCCCAGGGUAUCUUCCAGCAGCUGCUCGAACACAAUUACCUGCUAACAGAAACGGUGGACCAGCUCAAGUGUGAGCGCUGUGAUCGUUUCCUGGCUGACCGCUUUGUGGAGGGCGUCUGCCCGUUCUGCAACUACGAAGAGGCCCGCGGGGAUCAGUGCGACAAAUGUGGCAAAUUGAUCAAUGCCACUGAGCUCAAGAGGCCGCUCUGCAAAGUCUGUCAGCAGACUCCUGUGGUGAAGCCCUCCCAGCACCUCUUCCUGGACUUGCCCAGGCUUGAAGAACGCCUGGAGAAGUGGCUGGCCUUGUCCCAGUCCACUGGGGACUGGACCCCCAACGCCAGGUUCAUCAGCCGUGCCUGGAUCCGUGACGGGCUCAAGCCACGUUGCAUCACUCGUGACCUGAAGUGGGGCACGCCAGUCCCAUUGGAUGGGUUCCAUGACAAGGUGUUCUAUGUCUGGUUUGAUGCUCCCAUUGGCUAUCUGUCCAUCACAGCCAACUACACCGACCAAUGGGAGAAAUGGUGGAAGAAUCCAGAGCAGGUUCAGCUUUACAACUUCAUGGCAAAGGACAACGUUCCCUUCCAUAGUGUUGUGUUCCCUUGCUCGUUGCUGGGUACGGAGGACAACUAUACCCUGGUCAGCCACCUCAUCGCAACAGAGUACUUGAAUUAUGAGGAUGGCAAAUUCUCCAAGAGUCGUGGUGUCGGAGUCUUUGGGGAUAUGGCUAAGGACACGGGCAUCCCUGCAGACAUCUGGCGUUUCUACCUGCUCUAUGUACGGCCAGAGAGCCAGGACAGCGCCUUCUCUUGGAGCGACCUGAUGCUUAAAAACAAUUCCGAGCUGCUCAACAACCUGGGCAACUUUAUCAACAGAGCUGGAUCGUUCGUGUGCAAAUUCUUCGGAGGACGCGUUCCUGACAUGGAGCUGAACCAAGAUGACAAGCGCCUGCUGGCUCACAUCACUCUCGAACUGCGGCAGUACAAUCAGUUGUUGGAGAAGGUCCGGAUCCGUGAUGCCCUGCGCGGCAUCCUGAGCAUCUCUCGCCAUGGCAACCAGUACCUUCAGGUCAACGAACCAUGGAAACGCAUCAAGGGCAAUGAUGCAGACAGGACUCGGGCAGGCACAGUGAUUGGCGUGGCCGUCAACAUCGCCGCCCUGCUGUCGGUCAUGGUCCAGCCGUACAUGCCCAGUGUGAGCGCUACUAUCCAAGAACAGUUGUGUAUUCCUGCCGAUUACAAUGUGGUGUCUGAUGAUUUCGUCUGCACCUUGCCAGCUGGGCAUCAGAUUGGAACGGUGUCACCCCUCUUCCAGAAGCUGGAAAGCGAACACAUCGAAAACCUGCGGAAGCGCUUCGGGGGUGGCCAGCUUGAAGACUUCCUGGUGAAGCCGAAGCAAAAAAAUGUAGCAGUAGCAGAAAAGGGAGCGAAGGUGCUUCAAGAAGAAGUAGCCAAGCAGGGUAACCACGUGAAGGAGCUGAAAGCCCAAAAAGCAGAGAAGAAACAGACUGAGGCUGCAGCCUCCAAGUUAACGGAACUGCAGAAGCAGCUCUGCUUAGCUGAAGGAAAGAAUCCUGCCCCAAAGGGAAAAGUGAAAAAAUGAGUUGGUGCGUAGCAUCUUGCUCCAAGAUAUUUAGGCCCUUUUUGCCCUGUAUUUAAGAAGUGCUCCAUCGGGAGUUCAUCAACACCACCACGCUGUUUUUGAUGUGUCUCCUUCUCCUAUUUUGUAAUAUGUGGGAUAGGCCGCUUCACCACCCUUUAAAGUUUAUUUGGUGAGAAAUAAAUAUUUUAUUGUUUAAGAAUA